AGAACACAAGCACCACAGAAAUAAGAGAAAAGGGUGUUGGGGGAGAAAGGAGAGAGAGAGGAUGGGAGUGACAAAGGAAGACGUGGAAUCUUCAUUGACCUCUGUAAUGAACCCUUCUCAUCUGGAAGUGAUUGAUACAUCUGGUGGGUGUGGUGCAAGCUUUGCAAUUGAAAUUGUGUCAGAACAGUUUGAAGGGAAGAGGUUGCUGGAGAGGCAUCGGAUGGUGAAUGCUGCACUGCAAGAGGAGUUGAAACAAAUCCAUGCUCUGUCGAUAAAGAAAGCUCUGACCCCAGAGCAGUGGAAACAACAGCAAGAAGCUGAAAAUUCUCAGCCUGCUGCUUAAAUGGAUGCUGCAAUAUUUCAGAUGUUUCAGACAAUAUGUUCUGUAUCUCGUUAAUAAUACAUUCGUAUCAAAAAAUGGCUGUGGACAUGUUGGAUCUGGAGUAGAAAUACUUACCCCAGAGUUGCAUAGUAAUGCACUAAUGCUUCAUCAUAUCUUUGAAAACUUUGCCUUUUGGGUGUGGUUGAAUGUUGGUUUGGAUUGUAACUUAUUAAAAUGGAAGAGAUUCAGAGUUGGACUUCAAUCAUUUUUUAA